CGAUUCUAGUCAAGUGAAAAAUAUAGCUUUUAAUGUGGAUAUGAGGUCCGUUAUCGUAUUUUAUUAUUUUAUUUUACUAGCACUGGUUGCCAAGGGAUUAUCAUAUGACGCCUGUCAGCAAGAACCUGCUGUCGAUGGCUUUGGAAUGAUUGCGUCUUGUGCUCAUUAUUCGAAUUGGUUUUCUUAUCAUCCCGAUACAAAUGAAUGCUUGGAAUUCUCAUAUGGUGGCUGUGGUGGCAACGAUAAUAAGUUUACAACAAAAAAGAUUUGCGAAACUGUGUGCAAAAUGUAAUUCCCCAACACCUUUUUGAUUUAGGAUUAAAAUAUUUACAAACUUAUUGAAACUUAAUUUUCUACCAAUAAAUAUCAAAGUUUAUCAUAUA